GCUAAAUUGAUGCACACUUCACCUACAGUUUUCACGCAGCUAUAGGGCACACACCUUUCUCACGUUUCUCACUUCCUAACUUAAUAAUAAUCCGAAUACGUCGAAUAGGUCAUUGGCUGGGUUGGCUGGAAUGUAACGGUACUGCGAAUUCUUCGAGUGUUGUCUAUAUUGAACGAUGGUGAAGAACUUAGGCUCAGUACAUGAAUUAUUUUGCCACUGGACAUUCCACGUUUUAAUGCAUUGGCAGAUGUUAUUUAAAACAUUAAAUUAUGCAAAGUACUCUUGUAAGAUUCACGCUUAAUAUGACAUUAACCUAUGCUAGCACGUUUGGUCAAGUUAAACACGGACCUGACUUAGACAGUCCUUAAUAGGACUAAUAACGAGCGAAAGCGACCACCGUACAAAUUCUGGAGGCAAAGUAAUGUCGUCAAGUGUGGAAGUUGUGAAUUGUCCUGUCUGUUACAGAAAGUAUCCUGUUACAGAAAUAGAAAGCCAUGCAAACAAAUGUAUAUUUCUCAAUUCUGGGGAGAAUGACGGGGCAUCUACAAAGAGAAGGGAGGAUCAUGAUCAUAAAGAGACGAAUCAAGCAGAGAAAAGACAGAAGAGGGAAGGUUACAUUGAGCAGAACCAUGUUGGUCAGAGUCAUGACGAAAUAGAAGUUCCAAGUUCUUCAAGUUUCCGCCAGACCUUCACAAGUCCCGUGCCUUUGGCAGAACAGAUGCGUCCGACUGAUCUGACAAAUUACUUUGGACAAGAACAUGUUCUUGGUUUGCACAAGGUCUUGCGAACUCUAUUAGAGAAGAGGGAUAUACCCAGCAUGAUUCUCUGGGGACCACCAGGAUGUGGAAAGACAACACUUGCUCAUAUAAUAGCAAACCAGUGCAAGAAGGAUAAUCAGGAAGCAAGGUUUGUCACAAUGUCUGCCACCAUGUCCGGUGUCAAUGAUGUUAAAGACGCAGUGAAAAUUGCAAAGAAUGAGCUCAGAUCUUUCAAGAGGCGAACCAUUCUUUUUAUGGAUGAAAUUCAUCGCUUUAAUAAAUUACAGCAGGACAUCUUUCUGCCUCAUGUUGAAAGUGGAACUAUCACCCUAAUUGGAGCCACUACUGAAAACCCUUCUUUCAGCCUUAAUUCUGCACUUCUGAGCCGCUGUCGAGUCAUUGUACUAGAGAAACUCAACACACAACACAUUAUUGCUAUUUUGGAAAGGACCCUCAUAGUUAUUGAUGGUAAAAUUGUGAAAGCAGGAGAGAACAUUAAUUUUACCAAACCUGGUGACAGGAUACCAAGGGUGCUAAUAGAUGAGGCAACAGUGAUAUGGCUGGCUGAGAUGUGUGAUGGUGAUGCUCGCGUGGCAUUGAACAGCUUGCAACUGGCUCUUCAGGCCCGAGACCAGGACUCAGGAGUGAUUCUCAUUUCACUCGAUGACAUCAAAGAUGGGGUCAAGCGUUCACACCUGCUGUAUGACAGGAAGGGAGAUGAACAUUACAACAUUAUCUCAGCAAUGCACAAAUCAAUACGAGCUUCAGAUGAUAAUGCAGCCCUCUACUGGAUGACCCGGAUGCUGCAGGGGGGGGAAGACCCACUGUAUAUAGCACGGAGACUUGUCAGGGCUGCCAGUGAGGACAUUGGUUUAGCAGAUCCCAUGGCUCUCACAGUAGCAGUGUCAGCAAUGCAGGGUUGCCAACUGCUUGGAAUGCCGGAGUGUGAUGUUCUCUUAGCACAGUGUGCUGUAUACCUGGCACGUGCUCCAAAGAGUCGGGAGAUGGACCAUGCACUAGCUCUAGCCAAGGAAUGCAUUGCAGAACAUAAAGGGCCACUACCCAGCGUUCCCCUACAUUUGCGGAAUGCCCCAACAAGGCUUAUGAAAGAUCUCGGAUAUGGAAAAGGAUACAACAUGGCACACAAAGAUAUAUCGCAUCUCACAUACAUGCCCAAAGGUCUAGAAAAUGUAGACUUCUUUGGUCCUUCAGAAUCAUUAUAACUGAAAGAAGAGAUCAGGAGUGAGUUGGUUCCUGCAGUUUGAAGAAAUGAUACCAGUUCAUUUCUGGACUACAAGUAUAAGUUGAGUGAUUCGUAGGAAGUUAAUAUCAUGCAGCAUAGUUCUGAAAAAGUGUAUGUCUCAGCUGAAAUACAUGGAAGAAAGAAUGUGUUUCAGAUAUUUUUCACUUUUUUAAAGUAAUUUGUGAAUUACAUGGAGUAGAAACCAUCAGCUGUGCAGAACACAACUGUACUAUUUCUGUAUAAAACAAAUUAUGUUUUAGCCCUAAAAACACCCACUUUACAAAGAUGAAUACAGUUGUAUAUUA